CGUAAAGAAAGAUCAAGAUGGCACUGUGAACUGAUUAUCCAAGAAGUUAACCUUGAAUCGCGAAAUCCAUGAGCAUGGAAGAGUGGGAAAUUCCCUAUGAAGAGGAUGAUUUUGAGUCUCGCUACGCGGAUGAACUGGACAUGCUCGAAGAACUCGAUGAAGAAGUCGUUGCCCCAUCUUCAAAAAAAGGCUUAAAUUUUCAUAACGUCAAAGAAGCAGUUUACAAGGAAGUAGAUGUGGAUAGUGAGUCUAUCAAUAAACGCACCGAACAACCCAACUCAAAAAAGCGAGAUUGUGAUGAGAUGUUCCUGCCCCUCUUAGAGGAUGAUGAAGAUGAUGAACCACAUCCUCUUGAUUCAGCUCCUUGUAAAAAGAAGGCUCGUCUCAGCCCAAGCAAAAAUGGUGCAAGUCAUGAGGCAGAUUACCAUCUUCCCAAUAUACGAAGUCCACUUAGAGAGCUACAACCAAGUUUAGACCAGUCUCAAUUUGUGGCCACCAUGGACAGUAGACUGAAUGAAAUUGCUUCAACAAAAGCAGAGAGAAGGAAGGUGUUUCGAAGACCCCCUAUGAGCUGUGAAUCUGUCUCCAUAACAAGAACAGAUGGCCAAAGGCUUUAUCUGUCAAUCAGGCAUGAGAGAGAAGAGAAAUCUGAUGGGUUGGAAUCCAAGGGAUUGAAAAAGAAACUCUUUAGAAGGGGAACAGGAAAUUUGCUUCAGUUGCUGUCAGUACCAUUUUCUGUGCUACGCGAAAGUGUGGAGGAAGAGAGACGGAGAAGGACAAUUGAGGAAUCAGAGAAGCUAACAGAAUCUUUACAAAGAAUGCUUGAUGAUGGUAAUUCCAACAUUGAGGAAGUUGAACUGAAAGAACCCAGCAGACAUGACAACCAUCACAGUAUUCCACAACAUUCCUUAUGGGUUGAAAAGUAUACCCCACGAUUUUUCACAGAAUUGCUCAGUGAUGAUGCUAUAAAUAGAACACUUUUAAAGUGGUUAAAACUUUGGGACAAAACUGUGUUUGGAAAAGGGCAGGACAAGAAAGUCAAGGUCAAAGCUGACCAGGCAACAAAACAAAAGACCUUUAACUCUACAAAAAACAACAAGAAACAGCAGUUUACAGGAAUCCAAGAUGAAGCUGACUGGAAUCAAGUUGAUGCCUCUGGUCGGCCUGUCCACAAGGUGGCACUGUUAUGUGGUCCUCCAGGACUCGGUAAAACAACUCUAUCUCAUGUUAUUGCACGGCAUGCUGGAUACAAUGUGGUUGAGAUGAAUGCAAGUGAUGAUCGCUCCCCAGAGAUUUUCAGGAAUACCCUUGAAGCAUCUACCCAGAUGAAAUCUGUACUAGGAGGCAAUGAAAAGCCAAACUGUUUAGUAAUUGAUGAAAUUGAUGGAGCACCAGCUCCAGCUAUAAAUGUCUUGUUAUCAGUUGUCAAGCAAAAGAAUUCAGAUACUGAUCCCAGUCAAAAAGGAAGAAAGAAGAAGAAAAGUGGACCUUUGUCACGGCCAAUCAUAUGUAUUUGUAAUGAUCAAUAUGCACCUGCUCUUCGUCAGUUACGUCAAGUGGCCUUUGUGGUAACAUUUCCACCCACUAUUCCCAGCCGCCUUGCCACUCGUCUUUUAGAGAUAUCCAGACAAGAAUCAGUUAAUACAGACAUGACAACACUGACAUCUUUAUGUGAAAAAACUGAUAAUGACAUCAGGUCAUGUUUAAACACCCUGCAGUUCAUUCAAAAGAGACAUGGACAAGUAGGAUUACAGCAUGUCCAAGCUAUGGACAUUGGUCUGAAGGAUUCUCAUCGCAGUCUGUUCUCAAUCUGGCAAGAAAUCUUCCAACUUCCCAAACCAAAAAGACGUCGUUUUGCAGACAUUGCAGACAUUGAAAACCAUAAAAAUUUAGCAGAUAACAGAGGAAUGCCCUUGGGUGGGUUUCAGGGAAAUAUGAGCAGUGUUGCUGAGCAGAGAGGAAUGACAUCACUGGCAAGUCGUUUCCACACAGUUCUUCAUUCUGCCAUGUCAAAUGGGCAGUAUGAUAAAGUAACACAAGGACUGUUUGAGAAUUAUUUGCAAGUGAAAUUUAAAGAUCCCAGCUUUGAAGUGGUGGUUUGUGGAACAGAGUGGCUGGAAUUCUCUGACUUCAUUGAGCAAGCGGUGAUAGGGCGCCAGAGUUACAUUCUCCAGGGAUACAGUCCUUUUAUAUCAGUGGCAUUUCACUUGUUUUGUGCAAGUCAGUCACACUCAAAGCUUAGCUAUCCCAGCAGUCAAUAUGAGAGCCACCUUAAAGAAACCAAGACCAAGAACCUUGUAAAUGCUAUCAAGAAUGAGUCAUCUCCACACAUUAGGAAAAAUAUUAGUCUGCGAAUAGCCUGUCUGGACUUACUUCCAUUUAUGUUGGAAGUAAUCACCCCCACAUUGAGACCUGUUAACACUCAGUUGUUUUCAGCAAGUGAGAAAAAACAAUUAGCAGAGCUCAUUGAUACCAUGAUAGCCUACAAUGUGACUUUCCAUCAAGAGAGGAAUUUUGAUGGACAAUACACAUAUGUUUUAGAUCCAAACGUAGAAGAAGCUGUAAAAUUUCCUGGUUUGCCUCGGCACAGGCAGUUGACGUAUGCCAUAAAGCAGCUCAUAGCACGAGAGAUUGAGUUGGAAAAAAUGAGAAGAGCUGAGAGAGCCUUUAAAUCUCGUGCGGAUGAAAGAUAUAGUCCUCCCAUAAAUACCAGUGAUUCCAAGAAGCUGGAACAAGAAAAAUUAAAGAAGCCUGUAGUUGUUUUGUCUCUGGAUACUAGUAAAGCAAAACCGCUAGAGACAAAGCCUGUUUUAGACUUCUUUGGACGUCCAGUGAAGGUUAAACCUAAAGACACAGGAGACAAAACCAGCUCGCAGUCAGCUCGAUCACAGCCAAGCCUUAUUUGGUUUCGGUUUAAUGAAGGAUACAGCAAUGCUGUUCGAAAAAGCGUCAAAGUGUUGGAGUUUCUCUAAAAUAAAAUAGUCGCAGUUGGAAUAAUAGGCAAAAUUUUGUUGAGAACUGUUCAAAUCAUCUUGCAUGACAAUUUCAAUUAGUUAAAGAGAUGAAACGUGAAAUAAUAACCUGGAAGAUCCCACAUUGACCUUAACAAAUGAGCAAGGGGAAGAAGAUUUUUCAGCCAUUUAAACAGCGUAAAAUUCUUGUUGUAAAUUGAUUGUUCUAUGUAGCUGCUCCUGACGAGAUUGAGCAAUAAAAAUGUCUUAUUGGUA